GGCGGGAGAUGAUGAGUAACAGGAUUUCGGAUGAUCUUGACUCUAAGUUGGAUAAUUCAGACAAAAAUGAAGUAGCUACGGAUGUUGUCUUAGGCGAAUCAGAACAGUUGGGUUGGGAUAACAGGUCAAGGGAUCAGGAGGAAGAUGAGUUGUUAGGUAGAUCAGAUGAGACUCAUGAUCACAACCACGAUCUGUCUUACGAAGCGAAUUCUAAUGAAACAACUAGUUUAAAUGAAUUUCAUACUGCUGUUGAGUGUAUCAAUGAUCCUGAGGAGGGAAUGUUGACUUUUCUGAGAAUGUUGAAAAUACUAUGACGAGCCGUAAAGUUACCAAGCAGUCAUCCAUGACUGUAGAGGAUGUUGACCCAUUCGAAGUUGUAACUCCUGCUGUUUCUGGAGGAAAACAAGAAGGCUAUUUCGCCGAUAGAAUGGGACAGGGUUUCUGAUGAAGAAAGUGAGAACAGAGAUGAGCUUCAUGUUGAUGCUCCAGGUGAUGAGUUUUUGAAAGAAGAAGAAGCUCAGAAAAUUGCCCUCCGAUCUAAUAUUGUCAAAGGCGUGCUCAUUUCCCACACAGAGAGAAUCCAGUACCGGAUUCGCAAUAUCUUUUCC